UUGACUUCACUGCACGGUUGCAUGAGGAAGGAGAGUCUGUAAAUUGUGCCGUUUUCAUCUUUAUAAAUUCCCUGAAAAGAAGUUUAAGAUAGCAACGGCUAAUGGAAUGUAGCCUUUUAAAACAAGUCUACGUAGUUUAGUUUAGUCAGCAGAAAGAGGAGCUUUGCAGCCUCAGCUGCUGCAGGAAAAAGUCCUUCCAAUGUCUCUACUCGAGGAUGUCCUGGAUGUGCUUCGCAUGGUCCUGGAUUACUUUGGAGUGCCUCCAGACAUGCUGGUUCCGGUAUGGGACAGCCAGCUGUGCGGACAGUAUCGCAGCAUUGUGCGGAUGAUUGGCACAAAUCUUCCACUGGAGCCUCUUCCACGUAUCCACUUUCAGAUCCCCCUCGUCAAUCAUCGUCCCGAUGGAUACCUCGAUGUCCCAGCAAACAUACCAGACACACGAGCCAUCCCCUCAUUUGCAGACGUCAUGUGGGUAUUUGGCGAUGAAGGUGACAAUUACGCCAGAACUAGGAACCAUUUACCUCCAAAAAUGCAAUGCUCUGUGAAUCGUGACCUUACGAGUUACACAAGACCAACACUGAAUGAAGCUCAGAGAGGACGAAGAGCUGUUGGACAAACCGUUGCCCCAGAAGCCCUGAAGAAGAUCACGGCGCUGGAGGACGAACUCUUCAAACUACGGGCUCAGAUAGCUAUGAUUGUCACUGCUGCUCCAGCGUCAGGCCUGACUGAGUCCCCAGAUUCGCCUUUGAAGUCCACUCCUCCAGUCCCAACUCACACCUCCACACCUCGUUCCACUGCUCCUCCUCCUCCUCCACCACCUCCUCCACCACCUCCUCCCUGCCGAAGCCCCUCAGCUGAGACACCCUCGCUGUUAGAGUUGAUCAGACAGCGCAAGAACAACGGGACUGACAGUGGUCGGCUCCGACCCCAGGACAACCGAGGAGUGGAAACUAAAACCAUCCCUUCCAUGCUGGAUGUUCUGAAAGACUUAAAUCGAGUGAAAUUGCGCGCAGUGAAAAGAUCACCAGGAGGCUCACCAGUCAAGAGGAGACGUAGUAAGGGAUUUGCUGCACUGGCAAAUGAUCCUGCAGCUCUCAUCGCUGAUGCACUGAAGAAAAAGUUUGCCCAUCAUCAUCUUAACAACUCUUCCGAUAAGGAGAAUUCCCAGGAGCUCUCACCCUUCGGCAGUCCAGAGAUGCCUCAGGUUACUUUCCACAACAGACGCAGUCAUGGUCGCCGCUAUUUAUGAUCCGGUUAAAUGGUGUCAUGUAACUCCAAAGAGGACCUUCAGAAUGACCAUCAGAUGCUACAAAUUUGCCUCCUAAAGGAUUUUUUCUUUUUAUUGGCUGCCAGUACAAACUUGGGUUUUAUUUUGCUUUUCUAUUCUUUCCUUUUUAACAGUGUUUGUCUCACAUUGAGUCUUGUUCUUUUAAGUGUUUUUGUUGGGUUUUGUAUCAAUAAAUAUGUCGCUGUGAAUGGUUUUGUCACUCUGAUGUUGUUUUUGGACUUUGAAACGUUACUGUUUCUAGUAUUGUUCAAAGAGAUAUGUUGAUAGAAUCCUAUUUUAAAGAAAAUAAUGAUGCAAUGUAUUUGAAGCAGUAUGCACCUGCUAUAAUAGUUAAAAAGUCACUUUGUGAGGCCUUUCAUCCUCUCAUCAGCUGUAUGAUGUGACUGGCGGUGGGAUUUCAAAUUCAUAUCGCUGUUCUAUGCAUUUUUUUACUUUUUUAUUUCAUUGAAGAGUCUGAGCACUGAAUCUUUACGCUGGCUAAUGUUUCAAAGAAUUGUGCAUGUAUAUUUCAUAAAGGAUGAGCAUUGUGAAUGAAAAUGUAUUUUACCUUCUUGCAUUUAUGAAUGUUUUUGUUUUAAAUAUUGUCUUUUAAACCAAUGCAUUGUACUGAAUUAUGGAGUUUUACAUGUGUGGUCAAUUUCAUUUGAGUUUACAGACCUACUCAUUCUGAUAAAUACAAACGUGUUGCAUUACUUUUGCUUGGAAUAAACGUUUUAUUAUAAAGGUCUCAA